CAGAUCUAGAGUAAUCAAAAUGUCUGAGGAAAACAUUGUUAUUAAUCCAGAGAAAUCAACCGUGGAUGAAAGGGUUGAUAAGUUGGAAGCUACAAUGCAAACUAUGGCUGCUACUCUUCAAACUAUCAAUAUCACUUUGUCCACUUUGACUACUGAUUCGGCUCCUUCACCUACAUCCUUAGUACCCGCAAUACCAGUUCCACCUGUCCUUAUCCCAUCAUCUACCAUCACACCGGGUAAUCGUGCUAAGGAUCCCAUGGUCACACAAUUGCAAUUUCCACCUAUUUAUGAGAAUCAGCCUCUAAUGGGGGAGUCAUCUUCACAUGCUCCACAAAUAUCAUCUCUACCCUUUGAAGCCUCACAUCCACCACUUGAGAUGAACAACCCAACCUUGCCCACAACCAUACCACCUUUGAUGGGACAAGUGCCAACUAUUCAACCCAACCCCUUGGUUGAGAUAUUGAGGCCUACUUUGAAGGAUGGGAAGUCAAGAGAGAUCGAUCACAAGUUGCAACAGUUGGAAGAGGCUCUGAAGGCUAUGCAAGGGCCACAAGCUUAUGGUUCCAUUGAUUUGGAUGAUCUUUUCUACUAUUUGGGAAUUCAGACAAAUUUCAAGUUCAAGCAACCGGAUUUUAACAAGUAUGAUGGCUCAGGUUGUCCUUAUGCUCACCUGCAGAUAUAUGCCAGGAAAAUGGCACCUUAUGCCAAUGAUGAGAGGGUACUCAUUCAUUACUUUCAAGACAGUCUGUCAGGCCCAGCAAGUAUUUGGUUCUCCAUUCUCGACAAGAAGAAGAUUCGCACUUUCAAGGAUGUGUCCCAAGCUUUCAUGAGGCAGUAUGAGUACAAUAUGAGUCUAGCUCCUACAAGGGAUAGCUUGCAGAGAGUUACCAAGAAGAGUAAUGAGACCUUCAAGGAAUUUGCCCAACGGUGGAGAUCCGAAGCAGCUAAGGUCAUUCCAACCCUUGCCGAUAGCGAAAUCUGCUCUCUCUUUAUCAAGUCAACUACCAGGACUUUCCGUCCAUGGUUAGCUCCUUGUGUGGGAUAUACUUUUGCUCAAUUAGUGACAGUGGGUGAAGAAAUUGAAGAUGGAUUGAAGACAAUGCAAGCGGCCGCUGUUCGACCACCUUAUCUAGACUGGUAUGAUCAGCAAGUCAGAUGUGAAUAUCACAAUGUGGUGGGUCAUGAUACUGAAUAUUGUACAACUUUGAAACAUAGGGUCCAAGAUCUCAUUGAUGAGGGUAAACUUCAACUUGAUACUAAAGAAACCAAGGGUGCUCCAAACAUCACUCAGAAUCCUUUACCUCCACCUGAUGCACCCACCAUGAAUAUGGUUGCCUUUGAUGAAGUUGAUAGGCCUGUGUUGGAGAAUGCCAGUUCUUGGUCUUUUGAUGAAUUAUUUGCCAUUUUAAUAGAACAUGAUCUUAUUCAUACAAUUGCAUCAGUGAGGUUGGAUGUUCCGCCUAUGACAAUUGAUGAUGCUUUGGUGUGUUUUUAUCACUUCAAUAUGAAAGGGCAUACUUUGCAAAAUUGUGGAGAUUUUCAAAGAAAAAUUAUAGAGCUACAAAGAAUGGGAUCUCUGAAGUUCAUGUCUGCUCCAGAGUCAGAGAAAUUCAGAGCAUCAGUGAUGGAAGAAUACUUCACUAAGGAGAAGCCUUACAUUUUGCAAGAUACUACAAAAGCACAAGUCAUCAGUCAGCCUUAUGUCUUGAAGACCUCUCUUAGUGAGUCACUCAUGGGAAAGACAUCAUCUGUGGUUAUGCCUCAACGCUCUACUAUUUUGAAUUCCAAAGUCAAUGGUGUGUCUAAUAUGACCCGCAAUGAUGAUGAGAUUCCCGAUAAAGGAAAUGGGCAUACCAAGGCUUUUCACAUUUCUGUUCAGUGCAAGAUGAUGAAUGUGCCUCAUGUGUUGAUCGACAAUGGUUCAGCUUUGAAUGUGAUUCCUAUGACAGUAUUGAAGCAAUUGAAAGUGGAUGAGUCUCACAUUAAUCAGUGUAACACAGUAGUUCGUGCUUUCAAUGGAACAAAAAAGAACGUGAUUGGAAAGAUUGAGCUUCCAAUGGAAAUUGGUUCUAUAACUUUUGAUGUGGAUUUCUUCAUUAUGGAUAUUUCUCCUGCUUGUAAUAUGCUUCUUGGGAGGCCUUGGAUACAUGUCGCCGGAGCAGUAUCAUCCACUUUGCAUCAAAAAGUCAAAUACAUUGUCAAUGGUGUUCUUGUCACGGUGAAUGGUGAGGAAGAGCAUGUCAUCCGAAAGGCUACAACCAUUCCUUACUUGGGAGUUGAUCCUGGAACUUAUGAAUCCUCUUAUCACUCAAUGGAGUGUGCUGCUACUUCUUAUAUUCACCCGAGGUUCAGAGGGAAAGGGCUGAAAUGGCUAAACCUACCAAAGUUGUUGCUAGAAUCAUGCUUUCAUGUCAUUAUCAGUUGGGAGAAGCUGAAGAAGGAAGAUUGGCAGAGAAUGCGUGCUAUUAAAAAGGAGAAAUGCCUUGCUAGACUUCAAGGGAGAGAUCCAAGGGAUGAACCAAUGUGGGUGCCGCACAUUAGAGUCACAUUUUCACGACCUACUGAGAUUUUGUGCCCUUUUCUUAAUGGAUAUGUGUUUGAAGAAGUGGUGGUGAAAGAUAUCACCAAUGAAGUCAGUUCUGAUGAUGAGGAAGACAGUUUUGGUUUCAACAACCUCUUUGGGCUAGCCAACAUGACAGAUCCUAAGGAAAGGUGGAGAAGGAUGCUUGUUGAAAGGAUAUUUAUGGAAAAUCACCCCAACUUCCAACUCAUUCAUCAUGCAAAAGCUCCAAUGGGAUCACAUGAGUCUGUGCCUCUUAAAACAGUGAAAGUAGAAUCACUAUGUGACUCGUGGGGAAAUUUGACUAUAAAUGCUCUAGAUGAGAAAAAACUUGAAUUUGAUAGGGGAAUUUCUCUGGUCAAUGGAAGCUCUCAAGCUAAUUGGCUAGCGAAACUUCUCCUUGUAGCUUUCAUCUCCGAGUAAGAAGAGUCAGCCUCUAGUAGUUCUGCUUGUAACUACAUGAAGGGAGGGAUUCAACAAGCACUUUUAUAUUUCUGAAAUUUAUGUUAUCAUGCUUCUAGUAUUCCCAUGCUUUUCUUUUCAAUGAAACAUGUUGCAAUCC